AUGAACUGGAAGUCCUUGGCUGCUCUGGCACUGGCAGCGAGGGGUGCCAACGGGCUGCUGCGCUUCUCCCUCGUCAACCCCGGCAUCGCCCCUUCGCCACAUUUGCACCAAGUCGUCGGCGGUAAUGCCUUCAACACCACCAUGGACCCGAACCACCCGCCUCCCUCCCAAGCCUCGUGCACGACGUGCACCUUCGCCGACGACUUCUCCAACUACUGGACGGCGGUGCUCUACUUCCGCGCACGCAACGGCAGCUAUCACCGGGUGCCGCAGAAGCCCAACGUCGGGUUCGAGCAGGCGCGGGGCGGCAUGACCAUCUACUACAUCCCCUACAUCGGCUCGACCAAGUCGAGCGUGACGGCGUUCAAGCCGGGCUUCCGCAUGCUGAUCGGGCAGGCGGACUCGCGCACGCGGGAGGAGGCGUCGCGCUUCCGGCAGCUGACGUACACGUGCCUGCAGAACGCCAUGACGCGCACCGGCGAGACGCUCGACAUGCCCAAGCAGCCCUGCCCGGCCGGCAUCAUGGCCAACGUGCGCUUCCCGACCUGCUGGGACGGCAAGUCGCUCGACUCGCCCGACCACAUGAGCCACGUCGCCUACCCGAGCAGCGGCACGUUCGAGAGCGGCGGGCCCUGUCCGGCCUCGCACCCCGUCAAGGUCCCCCAGCUGUUCUACGAGGUGGUGUGGGAUACCACCGCUUUCAACAAGAAGGAGCUGUGGCCUGAGGAUGGGUCGCAGCCGUUCGUGUGGAGCCAGGGCGACACAACUGGGUAUGGAAACCACGGCGACUACGUCUUUGGCUGGAAGGGCGACGCGUUGCAAAAGGCCAUGGACAGCAACUGCGACAGCUGCCCGCAGCUCAAGUCGCAGUCCAUCGCCCAGGCCAACCAGUGCUCGAGCGCCGCGCAGGUACACGAGGAGAUUGAUGGCUGGCUCGAUGCCAUCCCUGGGCUAUCGCCGGGUAUGGAAGCAGGCCACUAG